CAUUUGUAGGAAAGCACACGGUGCUCGUGUGGGUUUAUACUAAGCUCCGCUUCUAAACAAGUGCAAACGCUUCUCAAUAACCGCUGGUUGAUUACCCAGCAUAAUUAUACUAGGAAAGCUGCUUUGCCUGCCUGAGACUAUCAGGUGGCCAAGUGAAUACGGAAGCAUUUACCCGCACACAUUUCCCAUCUCGUGAUCGGUCACGUGACUUCGUCUGUCAGAAAUUCGAAGAUGGCUGCGCAUCUGUCUUGCGGCCGGGUCAAUCUGAACGUUCUUAGGGAGGCGAUGCGCAUGGAGCUGCGGGAGUUCUUGGAUAAAUGUGCAGGGAGUAAGGCAAUUGUUUGGGAUGAGUAUCUAACAGGCCCCUUUGGAUUAAUUGCUCAGUAUUCCUUACUAAAGGAGCAUGAAGUUGAAAAAAUGUUUACAUUAAAGUCAGGUCCGCUUCCCUCAUCUGAUGUUAAAAACAUUAUCUUUUUUGUCAGACCUAGACUUGAAUUAAUGGAUAUAAUUGCUGAUAACAUUCAGAGAGAGGAAAGAGGGCGCUUCCCACAAAGGGAUUUCUAUAUUUUGUUUGUACCUCGUCGCAGCAUUUUGUGUGAGCAACGGCUUAAGGACCUUGGUGUUUUGGGGUCAUUUAUGCACCGAGAUGAAUAUCGCCUCAACUUAAUACCAUUUGAUGGGGACUUGCUGUCCAUGGAAUCGGAAAGUGCUUUCAAGGAAUGCUACCUGGAGAAUGAUCAGACAAGUCUUUAUCAGGCUGCUAAAGGACUCACCACCUUGCAGUCAUUAUAUGGAACAAUACCUCAGAUUUGUGGAAAAGGAGAGUGUGCUCGACAUGUAGCAAACAUGAUGAUCAGGAUGAAGAGAGAGCUAGGGGGAAGUCAAAGCCAAAUAACCCCUGUGUUUGACACUCUUCUACUGCUGGAUCGUAAUGUGGACUUGCUAACACCUCUAGCCACGCAGCUGACUUAUGAAGGCCUCAUCGAUGAAGUCUAUGGAGUUCAGAAUAGUCAUGUAAAGCUACCUCCAGAAAAGUUUGCCACUAAAAAUCAGGGAGAAGGUGGGAAGGAUCUUCCAACUGAACCAAAGAAACUGCUGCUAAACUCUGCAGAAGAGUUAUACGCAGAGAUUCGAGAUAAAAACUUCAAUGCUGUGGGCUCGGUGCUGAGCAAGAAGGCAAAAAUUAUAUCUGCUGCGUUUGAGGGAAGGCAUAAUGCGAAAACAGUGGGAGAGAUCAAGCAGUUUGUUUCACAGUUGCCCCACAUGCAAGCCGAGAAAGCCUCUUUAGCCAACCACACGUCUAUUGCUGAACUCAUCAAAGAUAUAACAACUUCAGAAGCUUUCUUUGAUAAUUUAACAGUGGAACAAGAAUUUAUGUCUGGGUUUGACACUGAUAAGGUAAAUCCUUAUAUCGAGGAUUGCAUAGCUAAGAAAGAUCCUAUUCUAAAGAUUCUGCGCUUAGUCUGCCUUCAGUCUGUGUGCAACACUGGGCUAAAGCAAAAGGUUUUGGACUAUUAUAAGAGGGAGAUUCUGCAGACGUAUGGAUAUGAGCACUUAUUAACUUUACACAAUCUGGAGAAGGCAGGAUUAUUAAAACUUCAGACCAGCAGCAGAAACAAUUACCCAACUAUCAGGAAGACCCUUCGCCUUUGGAUGGAUGAUGUAAAUGAACAGAAUCCCAAUGACAUAUCCUAUGUAUACAGUGGUUAUGCUCCCCUGAGUGUGCGUUUGGCCCAGAUUCUGGUUCGCCCUGGGUGGAGAAGCAUUGAAGAAGUACUGAAAAUCCUCCCUGGGCCCCAGUUUGAAGAGCGUCAGUCCCUACCCCCUGGCCUUCUUAAGAAAAGGCAGCAGGGAGAAAACAAGGUGAUUCUGGUCUUUUUCCUGGGAGGGGUCACAUUUGCAGAGAUUGCAGCAUUGCGCUUCCUGUCUCAGAUGGAGGAUGGAGGAACAGAAUAUAUCAUUGCUACUACUAAACUGAUUAGUGGCACAACUUGGAUUAAAUCCCUGAUGGAGAAGCUUGAGCCUCCCCCAUUUUGAAGGCAUAGCUCAUGCUAGGAAAUCAGAUCCUGUUACAUGAUGAUGCCUGCAGAAGAGGAGUAAUCUCGAUUUACUGAUCAUUUAUUUGCAUACUGGUACAUCAGCCAUAAUAUGAAUGCAAGAUGCCCUGCACAGUUUGCUAAACCUGUAUGAUGUGUGGACAACAAGACCUACAUUGCUACCAACAUAAAUAUUGAUCUAUAUAGCAAUAGUAUGUCAUUAUGCAUAGAACACAGCAUAUAGAUACCAUACAAACCUGCUUUCCUGGAAGAGACAGAGUGAUUUUAAAAGUUCUGUUGAAACAAAUGACUGCGGUGUCCUGGCUUCUGAAACCAGUAAAUCGUGGUAGGUUAAC